AUGCGUCGAAGCUGUGCGCCAUCGAUGAAACGAUCCAGCGAAUCAACAACCUCUGAGUUAUACACGGCCAAGAUAGCAACAAACACCGUGCGAAACACGAUCCAUACUGGAACGAUUCAAGAGCGAUCCUCAACAACAGUAACCAAGGAAACCAAUUUGAAUACCGUUCUGAAACCGCAAAACAGUAUCGAAAAUGAUUCGAAAACCAUCUUCAAAGUUGUUUGGGGUAAAAUUAGCACCCGUAAACACAAAACAUGGGAAGGUGACGGUACGCUCGAAGUGUCCGGUAGAAGCGCUGUGCUGAAGGAUGAAACCGGUAGAAUCAUUACCACCGCUAGUGGGUUAAAGAUCGACGAGGUAACGGAAGGAAUUCAACUGGUCGUUGGAUCGAAGGAGGUAGAAGUGCUGGAGAAAUGCAAUGCAAUCCAAGCCGUUAGUUUAUCGUCGUUUCCAAACAAUUCAAAAAUUUGUAUGUCGGUGCCUUCGAUAAAAAGAUUCAAACCACCAGAGCAAAGAGUACAUGAUGUGGGUAUAGAUACGGAAGAACCGAUACAACUUCCAAAGGAUACUGAGGCAUUGAAUAUUGGUUCAACUAAUUUGCCACACGAACCAGUCGCUGGAGUGAAGGGCAACUUUAAAUCAAUUUAUUCUUCAACACACGAGGCUGCCGAAGAACAAACCGUAGAACCAUUGAUUAUGAAAAAACCUUCAUUUGAACAUCAAUUCAAACAUAAUGUAGAUAAUGACCCCGUCUCGGAGGUAGUUGUUCCUCACUGUCUAACACGCCAUCUACGUCCACAUCAGCGUGAAGGUGUUGCCUUUCUCUACGAAUGUGUGACCGGAUUGAGAAUGUUGGAUCCGCCCGGAUACGGUGCGAUUCUGGCCGAUGAAAUGGGUCUCGGGAAAACGCUCCAGUGUAUCGCUCUAAUGUACACACUGAUGAAGGCCGGUCCAUAUGGGAAAUCGUUGGCCAAGCGCAUUCUGAUUGUCACGCCAAGUAGUUUAGUGGACAACUGGGAUCGUGAAAUUAACAAAUGGUUACGGAACGAACGAAUUUUCACAUUUAUCGUGGGACCGAACAACAAACUAAAACGAUAUGCCCAAUCGCCGCACAUUCCGAUACUAAUCAUAUCGUACGAGAUGCUGUCGAAACAAAUCGCUGAAUUGGGGACGGUCCGAUUCGAUCUGAUGUUUUGCGACGAGGGACAUCGGCUAAAAAACAGUAACGUGAAAGCAUUUGGCGUGCUGAAUCAAUUGGACUGCAAGCGUCGCAUACUACUGACCGGCACACCGAUACAAAAUGAUCUGCAAGAGUUCUUUUCACUGAUUAACUUUGUUAAUCCGGGAGUAAUUGGUACAUAUCAGGAUUUUAAAGCGCGUUACGAAACUCCCAUCAUUAUCUCGCAACGACCCAGUGUACUACCACAGUCGAUCGAACUGGGUAUCGAGCGGUUAAACGAACUGAACGCCAUAACGGGCCGAUUUAUGUUGCGAAGGACGCAGGAAGUAAUCAAUCAGUAUCUACCCGAUAAACACGAGGUGGUAAUCUUAUGCCAACCGUCCGAUUUGCAGACGGGUUUGACCCAUACUGCACUUACGUUUUACGAGAGCCAAAAGAGUUCCUCCAAUGCGAUUUCGCCACUACAGUUGAUAACGAUAUUGAAGAAAAUCUGCAAUCAUCCUUCACUCGUGUCGGUGCAGGGCAAGGGUGAUCCGGAAUCAUUGGUGCAUCUUCUGUCGGAACAGUUACCUUCAUGGCAGCGGAUGGGACCAAGCGAUUCAGCCAAACUAGGCAUAGUGGAGGCGCUAUUAGAAGCAAUGCUUGUCAUGCAGGAAAAAAUUGUGAUCGUAUCUUACUACGGCAAGACAUUAGACAUGAUUGCUGGUUUGUGUGAGCACUACAAUUACAAAUAUUGCCGGCUAGAUGGUUCCACGGCAGGUCCCGAUCGUUGCAAGAUCGUAACCGCCUUCAACAAUGCAGGAUCGGAUUGUUUCAUCCUUUUGCUCAGCGCCAAGGCAGGUGGUGCCGGAUUAAAUCUGGUCGGAGCUUCCCGGCUGGUGCUGUACGAUAACGAUUGGAACCCAGCAAACGAUCUGCAAGCAAUGUCACGUGUAUGGCGAGACGGACAACGGAAACCGGUAUUCAUUUAUCGGUUGCUUACCGCCUACUCCAUCGAGGAACGCAUAUUUCAACGACAAAUUUCGAAAACCUCGCUCAGCGGAACGGUGGUGGAUCAGAGACAGAACUUAAGCAAUCUCAAGCUGUCGGACGAAGAGCUAAAAGACCUUUUCUCCAUCAUAGAUCCUAACACGGAAGACGAUUGUUUAACGCACAGUUUACUCGAGUGUUCUUGUGCUGGUAUCGGGAACGCUCCUGAUAGGGAUACAGACACAACAGAAUCGUUUGAUUCUAUCAAAGAUUUGGUAACCGAAAGAGAGAGAGUGGAAAGUCGCUUUCAGUUACGACCCUUCACUGGAAAGCGCAACAAUGUGGGCAGGACAAAAUUUGCGCUUAAAAUGCAGGAACUGAUGCGUUGGGAACAUCAUCGAUCGCCAGUGUCUGAAAGUGUCUUGGAGCAGCUCGGUAUGUCUCGGUGCGUCGACGAGAUCGUAUUUUUGUUUCGAAAUAUUGUGUCAGCGUCAAAAUAA